AAUUAUUCCAUUUCUCGUGGCAUCCAAACUGCCUAUUGAAAUACAAAAAUAAAAACAUUAAAAAAUUGAGCUUUUAUUGUAGAGAUAAACAAAAUGGUAUUCUACUUUACACGCUUCGAAUCGCGAAAUAGAAAUGGACACGGCGACAUUUCUCCCUUCUUCCGUCUAUCCAUCUCCAUUUUCGAAGCAAAGAACUUUGUUGGAGCAAAGAAAAGGUGAUUGAACCAUAACCAGAAUAAUCCAACCAAGAAAGCAAAGCACAAAGAAAAUUAGAAAAGCAUGACUGCAACUCCAAAACCUUUAAUGGUACUCUGGGAACAAAUCCAACACCAAUCGACCGAGAAUUCACAGAAGGACAGACAAGCCACAACUUAUCUCCCGAAAUGGGUCACUGUUUCUCCAAAAUGCAUGAAAUUCCAAUAUCUUCAUCUCCAGAGGGGUCUCCUUCUCGACAUUACCAACAGCAACCCAAGAAGCCUCAAGAACAACAGAACAAUAAACACCAAGAACAGGGGAACCCAAAAACGUCAAAACCAGAUUCUUUUUCAACUUCACUAUCCAAAGCCCCUUCUUCCCAGAUUGGAACAGUUCUAGGAAAACUUACUUGUGAUUUAAGCUCGACUUAUGAUCUCGAUAAUGAACUGGGCAGGGGCCAGUUUGGGAUUACCUACCUUUGCACUGAGAAAGCGACGAGAAGGAAGUAUGCUUGCAAGUCGAUAUCGAAGCGGAAGCUUGUGAGCAAGAAAGAUAUUGAGGAUGUUCAGAGAGAGGUAGCUGUUCUUCAGCACCUUACGGGGCAGCCCAAUAUUGUGGAGUUCAAGGGGGCUUAUGAGGACAAGCAGAAUGUGCAUUUGGUAAUGGAGCUGUGCUCGGGUGGAGAGCUGUUUGAUCGAAUUGUCGCGAAGGGAAGUUAUUCAGAGAGCGAAGCGGCCGCGAUAGGCCGGCAAAUUGUUAAUGUGGUUCAUGUCUGUCACUUCAUGGGGGUGAUACAUAGGGAUUUGAAGCCGGAAAAUUUCUUGCUGGUUAGCCGGGAUGAGAAUUCUCCGAUCAAAGCCACUGAUUUUGGGCUUGCUGUCUUCAUAGAGGAAGGAAAAUUUUACCACAAUUUUGUAGGAAGUCCUUACUAUGUGGCUCCAGAGGUUUUGCACCGAAAUUAUGGGAAGGAAAUAGAUGUCUGGAGUGCAGGGGUCAUAUUAUACAUUCUUCUAAGUGGUUCUCUCCCAUUUUGGGCUGAGACUAAUAAAGGCAUAUUUGACGCCAUCUUAGAAGGUUACAUUGACUUCAAACGUGCACCAUGGCCUUCUAUAUCAGAUGCUGCAAGGGAUCUUAUUAAGAAGAUGUUAACACAAGAUCCCAAAAAACGGAUUACCGCUGCCCAGGCUCUUGAACAUCCGUGGCUGAAAGAAUAUGGUGAAGCAUCUCAUAAACCUCUUGAUAGUGCUGUCCUAACCAGGAUGAAGCAAUUCAGAGCAAUGAACAAACUAAAGAAGCUGGCUCUAAAGGUAAUAGCAGAAAAUCUUUCGGAAGAAGAAAUGAAGGGGUUGCAACAAAUGUUCUACAACUUGGACACUGAUCACAGUGGUGCAAUUACUUUUGAAGAAUUGAAGACCGGCUUGCAUAAUCUGGGAUCCAAGAUUAGUGAAUCUGAAAUCAAGCAGUUGAUGGAAGCUGCUGAUGUUGAUGGGAAUGGGACCAUUGAUUACAUUGAAUUCAUUGCUGCUACAAUGCAUCGGCAUAGGCUAGAGAAAGAAGAACAUUUAUACAAGGCUUUUGAGCAUUUUGACAAGGAUGGGAGUGGGUUUAUCACAAAAGAUGAAUUGAAACAAGCACUGACUGAAUAUGGAAUGGGAGAUGAAUCUACUAUAGAUGAAAUAAUUAAUGAUGUGGACACAGAUAAAGAUGGGAAAAUCAAUUACGAUGAGUUUGCAGCCAUGAUGAGGAAGGGAUCUAUGAAUCCAAUGGAAGAUAGACAAAUUACUUUAUCAAUUAAAUGUGAAUAAAAAAACUAAAGCUUUGUUUUUCAACAGGUCCAUUAGAUUUUAUUCGAGUUACAUUUUCUUUUCCAUUGUAUCAAUAUUCAUUCCAUUUGUGGAAUGCUCUAGGGCUCUCCAAUGUUUGUAUAGGACUAUAGGAAGGAUGAUCAUUGAUGGCCAAAUGAAAUAAAGAUUAAAUUU